CGGGUGAGCAGGAAGAGGCAGAGCAGCAGCAGAGACAUGCAUACACAGGAUGGACACCAAUAACUCUGCACAGGACGCCAAGUCAGACAUCGACACCUCUGGGCGUCGGGCGUCGAUUUCCUCCUUAUCGUCGACGGGUUACGACUCGUCGUUCUACGCCUCAGAGCGGCAGGCUGCAGCCAACGCCUCUCUGACGGCGAUCCCGCCGAAUACAACGGGCAACUCGCUGCUGUCGUCCCGGGUGUCGCAGUCGAGACACUUCGGGACGUUGACGCCGGUGUCGGGCCUGAACGGGUCGUUGUUAAACCAGCUGCAGAGCUCUGCGUCGGCGUCGGCGUCCGUGGUGCAGACGUUGUCGAACCUCUCGCCCGUGGACACGACGGCAGCCACCGCCGCCUCGAACUCGAUCCACACGACGCUCACGAACAACACACAGGACACCAACAGCGGUAUGCAGCCCCACCAGGGCGGCCCUAUCGCCGAGAGCAGCACGCACCCGCAUGACCACCAGGCCAGGGGGGACGACGGCGGCCUUGUCAAACAGGCCAUAGUCAAGCACGCGGCAGAUGAAAGCAACGACCUCGACGUGACAUCCUCCACCAUCGACUCGGGCUCGCAGCUGAAGCACGGCCAGCCUCAGAGCAGGCCACAGCCCUUCCCAAGCCUCUCCCAGGCACAGUCGCCGUUUUCGACGCAGCCACCGCAGCAGCAGCAGCAGCAAGCCACCGCACAGCUCCAGCAGCAGACUUUGACCGGUUCUACAAACAACAGCUUCAAUCCAAACUGGUUGCCCCAACAGCAGAGUAACUCUUUACUAAAUGUCACCCCCUGGAUUGAGCAGCAAGCACAGUUGUCUCCGAACUUGAACUUCCACCAGUACUCUUCGCUCAACGAUCUGUCGUCCCACUCCACCGGGAACGACCCGGCGUCAAACUUCAACUCCAGUCUGAACCCGAACGCUCAGAACCUAGCAACCAACCUCAGUCUCUUGGCCUCCUCGUCGAUGCUCUCAUCGCUGAACUCCAACCCAAUCAACCAGUUAUCCCAGCAGCAGCAGUUGAGACAGCCCCAGUACAUGAAAUUGCCAAACAACAUUUCGCCUCCAAACAACAACGAGACAGUCAUGAACACAGGCAGCACGUACCCUUCAAAUUACGGCAAUUGCAGCAACUACCAAAGCUACCCAAAUUACCCAAAUAGUAACAGCAGCAAUAUUACUCUCCAUAAGGCAACUACUGGACCUACGGCCACUAAUUCGGCGUCCAACAACCUUAACAACAAUACCAGUAACAAUAACAUUAACAAUAACACCACCACCACCAUCAACACUAACACCGCUACCAAUCAAAACUCUGCGAACAACAGUAAUAACAAUAGCAGCAACAAGCCUAACAUUGCUGAUGAUGACGAGCUUAUACCAACUGCCAUAGUCAUCAAAAAUAUUCCUUUUGCUAUCAAAAGAGAGCAACUGCUCAACGUGAUGUCAAAACUCAACUUGCCAUUACCUUAUGCCUUUAACUAUCAUUUCGAUAAUGGUGUGUUCAGAGGGUUGGCAUUUGCCAACUUCAACUCGAUAGAAGAAACGGCAAUGGUUGUAUCUAUGAUGAAUGGUAGAGAAAUCGAUGGUAGAAAACUACGUGUGGAGUAUAAGAAAAUGCUCCCACUACAAGAGAGGGAAAGGAUAGAGCGUGAGAAAAAGGAGAAACGUUGCCAGCUAGAAGAACAGCAUCGUUCCAACUCUGUAACAUCACUAGCUUCUCUUUAUUCUACGGUAUCAGCACCACCCGCAACUCCACUAAACCAGAAUAACCUGCCUAACCUGGUACCUCCACCUUCGAGUGCGACCAAUGCUAACACAUCAAACACUAGUAACAAUAACGUCAACAAUAACAGCAGUCAAAACAUUAGUGACAGCAAUAACCAAAUAGAUAAGGGUCUAGUUGUUAUUCCUCCUGUUGAUCAACUACCCACUCCUCCAUCUGAACUGGACUUUAACAAUUCUGAAGUCUUGGAAAUUUACACCAGGUUGAUACUGUUCAGAGAAGAAUUUAAGUAUACAUCUUUAGCAGAGCUGAAAUUUUCUUCGGCAAGUUUAUCAACAAACUCGAGGAAUUAUAUCACCCAAUUGUGCAAAUUUCUUAAUUUGAGUGAAUUUAGUGAGGAUGGCGUAGUAAUUGUUAAAAGGCCUGAAGUGUUAGAUCAACGAGUUCAGGCACAACAGCUUACGGGAGGCAAUAUGAAUAGUGCAAACGCUUCGCUUAAUUUCCAGCCUUCCUUGAUAAGAUCUCAUUCCCAUAACGUCAUUAACACAAACCCUAGUUUAUCGUUGAAUACAAACAGAUACAGGCAACAAUCACCAAGAACUAUUUCUCAGAACCCACAAUAUGCUUUUAAUAACCAGCAAUCAUCUAUGGGUUUACCGAUGUCUAACAUGAACAUGAAUAUGGCCAUGGGAAUGAAUGUGGGAAGUCUCCAACAAUUGCAACAGCAAUCACAACAGCAAACCCAUCAAUUGCAUCAUUCCUCUUCCACUGCAUCCCUUAACUUACUGCGUAAUAAAGGGCUUACAGCUCCAACCACUCCGAAUACCAGUAGGCAGGCUACUUUCCCUGCCAAUACAGGGUUAACUAGUCUGUUCAAUUCACAACAACCUCAUGGGUUGGCUAACCAAGGCUUUAACCACCCACAAAUUACCGGUGGAUCUAACAUUAGCAUGUCUACGAACAAAGGUAUGGAUGAGUUGUACAAUGGGAUGGAGUAUUUGAAUUUUGAUAAUGCAUGAAAAUUAAUGAUUUAAAUUAUAUAUGUCCACCUUUAGCCUAUCUUCCUUCCUACAUGUUAACGAAUUUCUUCUUCUAAUUUAAUGUCGUUCCACUUUAUAAUUUCUUUGGUUUAAAAUUUUAUUCAUGUCCUAUACAAAUACAAACAUAUAAAACCUUUAUAUAGCAUAUCAGAAAUUCAUUUUCUAACC